GGAAAGUAACCUAAACGACUUCUGGCCAAUGUCGAGAAACCUUUUUGUGGGAGGGGUAGAACAAGAACAAUCAAAUAAUUCGGACGAUGAACGAACACCUACUAGGUAUGUGACCCAACCCGAAGAACAGUUUCACAUCCCAGCGGAAACCAGGCGAAGGCAUUCCAGACAAAAUACUUCACGACCUGAGAGACCCAUGGAAUCUGCUCGGACAAUUGAGCUGGAAGAAAGAACAAGAGUUCUAAAAAUGGCCAUGGGAAAAAUCCUCUCUUGUCUGAUCCCUGAUGACCCCCUAAUUCCUCUGUUGAAUAGGGGUGAGCAGCCAGCAACAGUAGUUGCAACCCGUAACUCCCCAGCCUUGGGUAAUGUGGUGGUUCCAACCAAGCCAAGGGGAAGUGGAAGGUUGAAUCCAGAGCCCAGCUCAUCCAAACACAGUGAUGAAUUAAUGAAGAAAAACGCAGAACUUGAGAAGCAACUAAAAGAUAUACAAAGGUCUAUUGACGAGCUAAAAAGUCUGAGGUCACGUCAGCAAGCCUUGGAUUUAGACAGUGCCCCUCUCAACUUGUCCAUUACAGCAGAACCAUAUCAGGAGGGAUUCAAAAUUCCCCAUUUAGAAACAUAUGAUGGUUCUGGCAACUCGGACGAACACUUGCACGUUUAUCAAGCCAUCAUGAAAAUUCAAAAUGCUACUGAUGCAAUGAUGUGCAAAAUACAACACUGGGUCAAGAGACCACCUCCGUUGAUGCAUGAUUCCCCACGAGUUGAUAGAAGUAAAUAUUGUGACUUCCACCGUGGAUAUGGUCACAACACAGAAGACUGUCAGAACUUGAAAGACAAGCUAGAAUUUUUAGCUUGCAAUGGAAAAUUGGAAGGAUAUAUCCAGAAACCCUUCGCCCAGCAACCCAAUCAAACUCAUUUUGUGCAAGAAUAUGGUCGAUCUCAAGAGCAAGGGUAUCAGCUCGAUGAAAUGCCUGGCAUUCCAACAGAAUUUGUAGUCCACAAGCUCAGUACAAAUCCCACCAGGAAGCUAGUGGUUCAAAAGCGUCACCUUGUUGGCCCUGAGAAAUCGGGCAAAUUCUUGGGGUAUGUGGUAUCCAAGAAGAGGAUUGAGGUGAACCCAGACAAGGUUGAGGCUGUGCAGCAGAUGGAACCCCCUAAAAUAAUAAAAGAUGUACAACGUUUAACAGGUCAUCUCGUUGCUCUGCACAUAUUCAUUCCUAGGGCCGCUAAUGUUGAAGGAUCAAGGGCAGGGGUAGUAUUAAUGGGCCCAGAUGGCUUCAAAUCCGAGCAUGUCUUGAGAUUCAAAUUUCAAACAAUGAAUAAUGCUGCUGAAUAUGAAGCACUCGUUUAUGGUCUGAAGUUAGCGUCUGAGCUGAAAGCAAAAAGCAUAAGAGUCUUUAGUGACUCCCAACUUGUAGUGAAUCAAGUAAAUGGAAGCUAUGACAUCAAAGACCCUCAGCUCGGUCGUUAUGCCUUUGUGGUCAGUAGAUUAAAAUUAGGCUUUAUCUCAUUCCAGAUUGACAAGAUACCGAGGGUGGAUAAUCGACGAGCUGAUGAGUUAUCGAAGUUAGCCUCAUCACAAGACAUUAAUCCUCAGAGGACAACAUUUGUCGAAGUACUUGAUGCCCCGAGCUAUACUAACCUAGCAGGCAAGGGAGGUUGCACAUAUUUUAUUGUUGCUGUGGAUUACUUCACUAAGUGGAUAGAAGCCAAAUCACUGUCCACAACAACUGAGAGGAAAAUAGAGGAAUUUCUGUUCAAUUCCAUAUUGUGCAGAUUUUGUAUUCCUAAGCGAAUAAUUGCUGAUAACAGACCCCAGUUCCAAGCAGCAGCACUUAGGUCGUUUUGUGAUGAUUAUAACAUUGAGCUGACCCUCACUUCUGUAUACACUCCACAAUCAAACAAACAAGCAGAGUCAGCCAAUAAAAUCGUUUUACGCAGCCUUAAGACACGUGUCCUGACAGCACACUUUAAUUGGGUUGACAAGCUCAACAAAGUACCAUGGUCAUGCCACACCACGCCCAGCUUGGCCACUGGUGAAACCCCAUUUUCCCUUGCUUAUGGAGCUGAGGCAAUAAUCCUAGUGCAAAUUAGCUUUUCAUCCAACGGGUCAGCUCGUCAUAAUGAUUCUGAUAAUGAGCAACUCUUGAAAGAAAACCUAGACUUUGUUGAGGAGGUUAGGGAGAUCUUUCGGAUAAAAACCAUGAUCUAUCAGAGUCGUGUUGCUCGAUUUUACAAUAAAAGGGUUCGUGCUCGUCAAUUUCAAGUCGGCGACCUGGUUUUACACAAAGCUGGGCUCACUAACGCUUAUUCGCAUAUCUGUAAGCUCGCUCCAAACUCGGAAGGCUCUUACAUGGUUAUUUGUAUUAAACGACGUGGGUCUUAUCUGUUAGCAGAUCUACAAGGUCGUCAAUUGCCAUUUACUUGAAACAUACAUAACCUCAAAAAGUAUCAUAGUUAAUAUGUAUGUUAUUAUGUUAUCAGCAUAUGUACUCAGAGUAUGUGAAAUGUAUACACAGUUCAAUAAAUAUAAAAAUUUCAU